ACCAAAUUUGACUCUGCUCCGGCGAUGGAAAAGACACAUUUUACGUUGAUUUCAGCAAUUUACUGAAGGGAAUUUAGAUAUUAUGGACGAUCUUUUACGAAAAAAGGUGUGUGGGGAUUAGAUUAAAUCUCUCACGAGACACUGGAUUCUUUAGUUUUCCUAAAAUUUAGCAAAUUAAUGGCACUCUGAACUCGCUGCAUGAGCAGAUUUAAAUCAUGGUCGAUCUGCUAGUGAAGGAAUCGCGUAUUCAUAUUGCAGGGUGAUCCCGCCCAUCUUAGACGGAGGUGUGACAAUUAACUUAAUAUGCAUUGUGAUGUGCAUCUGCAUCUACAAGACUAACAUAUAUAAUUUCCUGAUUUGUUUUCUUCUUUUUUUCGGGAGAAGAAGAGGGGAGAGAGACAGAGAGAGAGAGAGAAAAUUGACAAGUCACACACGCACAGCGGUGUUGUCACUCACAUUCUCACCAGCUUUCUACGAUAAACCCCUAUUUCAUAAAAAUCGACGAGUCCGGUACCUUGGUGUUACACUGUAGUGCACUCGAACGUUCGUCGUCUAUGUGGGAGGUACACAAAAUGACUCAUUGAUCUUUUGGCCGAAUGUGGGUCAAAUUUGUUCAUACGUAUUUAUUGACCGUGAACGACCGUCUAAAGUUCGUCAUGCCAUUACACUGUACAUAAGCUCAGUCUUUUCGGAGUCACCACUGAUCAUGAGCAUACAGUUUAACAGAACUCCAGAAGCUGUUGCCAUUUAGACGAUUCGUAUACCUGAUAAGUAGCUGUUCAGAAAUUAAUAAGAGUAGGCUUGAUUGGAUGAAAGUACUGGAUUCUUUCGGGAGGUGUACUAGAGACAAACAUGGCUACUGCCAAUACCAUCCUGUUAGAGGCGGCUGCUGAAGAUAUUUCAUCCAUUGAUUUGUUCAGUAAAACGCACGAAUAUAAAGGAGUAACAAUGUUUGAAAUGUCGAUGCCCGAGAUUUAUGAGUCGCUGAAUACAUGGGAAACGAGGCCUGAUGACGUGUACCUCAUAACAUUUCCCAAGUCAGGCACGCAUUGGAUUAUGGAGAUAGCUCAUCUGAUCAUGAACGACCUCCAGGCUGACAAGAUCAAUCGAGAGGCCAUGCUUUUUGCCCUAGACCAAGCCAUGUCCAACAAGGUAGAUGACGUCACGAAGGUCACACCAGGUCAUGAGGUCAUGGCUAAGUGGAGGUCACCCCGCAUUAUGGCCUCUCACCUUCUAGAAGAGUUUGCUCCAGAUCAGAUCAAGAAAAGGUCAAAGGUAAUCUACUUUUCAAGGAACCCUAAGGAUGCCGCAGUCUCAUACUUCAAGUUUCUUGGUCCUACCUUCCCAGAUGAGAUGGAAGGAUGGAAAGGAUUUCUGCGCCUCUUUCUUUCUGAAAAAAUGAUCGGUGGAAGUUGGUUCCGUCAUGUUAAAGGUUGGUGGGCUCUAAGAGAUCAACCUAAUGUACUUUGCUGCAAAUACGAAGAUUUCCACAAGGACUUGAGAGGAAGCAUCAAGCGCGUAGCCGAUUUCUUGGAUCGUCCUCUUUCGGAUGAAAAUUUAAACAAGAUUGUUGAGCUGACUGAGAUGAAAGGCAUGCAGAAAACUUACCAACAACUUGAGGAGAAAAUGGGAGCCACGGGAAGGUCAAUGACAAGGCUCUUCGGACAAUUGCCUUUUCUUCGAAAGGGCAAAGUUGGCGGGUGGAAGGACGAGUUCACCGUGGCUGAAAACGAAUAUUUUGACAAGGUUUACCAACAGAAUAUGGAAGGAAGCGGUUUGGAAUUCAAGUUUGAGUUGUAACACCAGUUGCCACAUGUUUAACAUCUUAAUCACUGCACUAAAUUAUAAAUACAUUAUACAGACAUAUUUCGAAGGUAAAAUCUAUUAUGACCGUUUUGAUGAAAGUAUCCUAAACUCCUUUACCAAAACUCAAAUCGCAUAGACUUCAGAUAAAUGGGAUUUCAGUCACCCUGUUGUGCUGAUAAAUAAAAAUAAAAAUCAGAUAAUGUCAUUGUCACUUUAUUCCGCACAUCAAUUGUUUUAAUAAGUGACGCACAUGGCUAUUGAAAUUCACUUAGAUUGAGUUUUAUUCUUUGCGAUCAUGCUCGUAGCUAAGCUGCUGAUAAUUAUGUUUGAACUCAUAGCCUGCCAUAAGGCUGCAUGCACGCUAUUGUUAUGGUGCUUUGUACACGCGAGCAAGCUACUGUUACUCUGCUUCUUGCAUGAUUGCACGCAUAUGUAAUAGCAAUUAUUGUUCAUGCCCAUUGGGCUGUGCCUAGUGUUUUGCACGCGCUAUUGGUAGUACCAUCGCGUUAAUCCGAUUAUCUCGUUAUAAAUCUGGCACUGGGGGGAUUGUGGCUUGGCACAAUGGGGAUUAGCCCUAUAGCAGGAUCCUCUCCCCUUCUCAAUUUCCUGUGAAAAAAUUUAAAUUCUUAGAGACUUGUCAACAAUUUCUUUUUUUAAUUACUAUUUUUUGAAGGGUGGUAUAGUAUUUUCGUCUCCUUUCUAUAUAUACAUUUACUGUAAAUAAUUAUAUAUUUCAUGACAUGUUUAGUUUGAUUUAAUAAAGGAAUACAAGUAUGUAUCGAAUUGAAAAAUUGAAUUGAAAUUGCUUGAGAGUACCAGUUGUCUUGAAGUAAAAUAAUUUGCCCCCCCCCCCAAUCCCCACCAAGGUCUAGCGACGCCCUACUAGUGAAUAAAGCUCCAAACCUCUAAACCACUAACAUUCCUGUUCACGAAAGUUAUGUUUUUUCAUUUUCGUUUGUUCAUUUGUUUCCAUCUUCAUAUAAAAACAAUAGAUCAUUACAAUAUUAUAUUUUUUUUAAAUACGUGCAAUUAUACAUGUUCACAGUAUAAAAGAGACCAAAUUUACCAGUCGAAAAUGAGAAAAGGGGAACUAAAAUAAGGCCAAAAGGCCUUGUAAAAUAAGUUCCCUAAAAGUAUACAUUUAUCAUUUGGUUUGUUCAACGUAUUCUGUUUAAUACUGAAAGACAUGUAAACAAAUUAUA